CUUAAAAAUGACUUCUUGUGGUGUGGGUGUGGCAGUUGUGGCAGGUCAAGGUUUUGUGGGCAUGAACCUAACAAUCGUAAACACGGCCGGGCCGCACAAAUUUCAGGCAGUGGCGUUACGGAACAGUGCCGAUCAGUCGACAUUUUAUAGCUGUAGCAUCGAAGGGUAUCAAGACACAUUAUACAUACAUACUCACCGGCAGUUUUACAGAGACUGUGACAUUUACGGAACCAUUGAUUACAUCUUUGGUAACGGUUCUGCUGUACUGCAGAAUUGCAAUAUCUACGUCAGAAAGCCACUCACCGGCCAUUCCACCAUCAUCACAGCCCAUGGCCGAACCGAUCCCAACCAGAACACUGGCUUUUCCAUACAUAAUUGCAACGUUUUGCCCACUCCCGACUUGGCCGCCUCUAACGCUAGAGCCCGAAGAGGCAGAAAAACCAAGACUUUUCUGGGGAGGCCGUGGAGAGAUUACUGCCGAGUGAUCUUUAUGCAAUCCUACAUGGACGAGUUCGUCGACUCAGUUGGCUGGCACAGAUGGGACAGGAGUAAUUUUGGUUUACGUGAUUCGUAUAUGGCCGAGUUCGAUAACUGGGGUGCUGGAUCGCAUACUACAAAGCGAGCCAAGUGGUUAGCUGUCCACCUCAUCAACGCCACGGAGGCUCAGCAUUUUACUGUGUCAAGUUUCAUAAAUGGUGAUUUAUGGUUGCCGAAGACGGGAGUACCUUAUACAGGAGGAUUAGUUUAGCUCAUUAAUAAGUUUAUAUACUUUUUUUUUUCUUUUAUGUAUUUUUUAUUGGGUGGAAUUACAAGGUGCAACUUUAUUUCUAUUUUAUUUUUUAGAUUAGGAAUCAUUGAGAGUUGUGGUUGAAUUUAAAAUUUUAUCUCAAUUAUUAUAAUUUAAUAAAUAAUAUUAGUUCUUGUACUGGUGUUAGACAUGUUAUGAUGAAACU